CUAUUCGUCUUCCAAAAUUGCUAUAGGUACCUCAAAUGGUACCUCAUUCAUACCCCAUAUAAAAACUCUUCCCCAUUUUUACCUCACUCCAUUUUCCAUUUAAAAAAUUUACCCCCAACUCUCUUCUUCCUUCCAAAACUCCACACCAGCCCUCUACCAACUCUCUCCACUCCCCUGCGACAACACCCUCCCCUCUUUCUCACUGUGACAACACCGGCCAACACCCUCCGCGACAACACCGGCCAACACUCCUUCCGUCUCACCCUCCCCUCUUUUUUUUUUUUUGUGUUUCGAACGGAGAGCUACAGUGCUAGGGCGAAAGGAGGUCAUCCAUGGACACCAUUUACAACCCUCUUCAAUGGAGUUGAGCUACAGAUUGUCCACAUAUUCCCCUUAGUCCGAAGAAUGUGGAGCAAUGGUUGCAUCCUUUGCAGAGCACCUGUUCAUGGGAAAGCCCUUGGUUCCAAAGUGUGAAUAUGCAAACAUGUGGAACAAGAGAUGUCAAUACGCUGUUCGUUUGUGGUGAUUGAAGAGUGUGGAGGAAACAAAGGAAUUCCUUUGAAAUGUGGAACUUUGUUAUUUUGAACAUUUAUAUUCAUUUGGAAUAACAGAUGAAAUGAAAGAAAACAGUUGUAUUAAAG